AUGAUUGAGCGACCCACACCUUGAUUCGUCAUUCUCUCAGUUCAAUCAGUAUCGGAGGGGAAAGAGUAUCAUUAUAUUCAGUGGUUCCAGACCCGGCACCGUCAAGCUGUCCAAAGAUACCGUCGCUCCGUUGACGCUGGAGGGUUUGGAGAGUAGGAAGCGCCCCCGACUGCAGACGGGAAUGGAAGCGGUAGAUGGCAGCGGCAGGCAAAGGGAUAUGUUACCGCCAAUUGCGCAAAUGGACUUCAAAGGCAUCAAGCGGGAAGAAGUUCUCUAUCACAAGCCUCCGACAGUCCCGCCUUUAAACAUGCCACAAACAGCGCAGGCCAGCCCGUCGACUUCCUAUUCAGUACCGCCGCCUCCCUAUACUUAUCCCUCUUCUGUUGCCAGCUCAGUCCCGGCUCUAUCGGGCCUGAUCUCACCGCCAGAGUCUCGUCGGACGUCAGAUGAUGAGAAAAACCCGCGAACCUCUCAACGACAAUCGCUUCCUUCCAUACAUGAAGCUCUAGGGGGUGAGCAGCCUCUGCCUUAUACUGCUCCACCACCACCACCGCCUCCUCCACCGCCGCCGCCACCUGCUGCACCGCCAUCCAGUCUCCAUCCUUUGACUCCUACAUCUCGUCCUCCACCUACGGACAGCCCUUUCCACCCGCCUCCUGGUCAUUUCCCUUCCGCACAACCCGCUUAUACAUAUUCCACGCCAGCCCAGAAUUCUCCUUCGCGUCCGUCCGUCCACAAUCCUUACGCAUCGCAAGACCCUAGGGUUUCUGCUUCAGAGGCCUAUGAAGCGAAACCUUCAUUCUUGCACCCAGGAAGGGCUGUGCCAUCACCCACCGAACCAGGUCGACCCCGUUUCCAGCCGCCUCCCGCCUUGGGCCCCACGUCUGCACCAUCGUCGAUACACGAGUCAAGCUCCAAUUACGGAAGCCCAAUGAACUCCCAAUACGGGUUUUCCCAAUACACCUCCCACCCGGGCUACGCGCCUUCGCAAGUAGGACCACCACCGUCGUAUCACAGCUCUGCAAGCUUCACAAGCGCUCCUAGCGUACGACCAACUUGGAAAUCGGACGGUUUGGAGUCAUCGAGAGCUGAGGAGACACGAAAAACGGCUCCGUCAAACGCUUCACUAAGAGGACAAGCGUAUGGAGAGUCUGUGAAACGACAUCUGGACAUCUUUGAUUUGGAGAUGUCCUUAAAUGAGAUUGCCGAAGGAAGUGGACAGAUCUUGGAUUUCUCCCGCCACUACGGUGCUAGGGCCCAUCAAACGCAGCGUUCUGGCCCAGUGUUGAGCUCCAUGCCGACCUUGUCUGAGUGUGAAGAGAUGCUCAAGCAGCAGGCUCGCGUACACGAUUAUUUGUCCCGCGUUCGACAAAUGUUGGUUACUCAGCAACAUGCUAUUGCGGAGCAACAGGCUCAGUCGCAUGGGUAUAAAGGCGCCCCCGACUACGAAAUGGAGGACUCCCACUCCUAUCACGACGACUCUAAAGCAGGUGGUUUCGCUGGACCGGACGCGAAGAAACGACGAGGCAGAGCUGCCCCACCGGGGCGAUGUCAUAGUUGCAACAGGGCAGAAACACCUGAGUGGAGAAGGGGACCAGAUGGGGCACGAACUCUUUGCAACGCCUGCGGUUUACAUUAUGCCAAAUUGACUCGCAAAAUGGGCAACAAAGGCGCCAUUGGGAGCUCAAAUUUACGACCAAGAUCUUUGGGCUCCCCUUGAACUGGGCUCGACGCUCCUUACUUUGUGGUCGAUAAUACCGUGCCUCUCCAGAAACUUUGCCCCAUUUUGCAACCAUGGCAUGUUGUUUGUGCCAUUAUGGGGCUGUCCAAGCCAACCCAAUGACCUCUUAUUUGAUCUCGGUUUUCAUUCCAUCCUUUUCCUUUUGGCGCAGACCUCGUUUUGUCAGGGG